UCAUAAUUCAAGACUAUAGUUUACCAACCUUCCUUUCUCUUGUUCAGUGAAAUUCCCCUGACAUCCAUCAGUCAGCCCCUGCUGGCCUUGAGAGGCACUCCAGAAGGCAGGAGGAAGGGCACACAGGAUUGCUUUUUGAACUUAAGAAGGGUUUCAUUUGGUUUAGAAUUGCCAAACUUCAAAAAAUAAAUAAAUAACUUAAAGUGCUUUUCAGAUCAGCCAUAAGGCUGCAAACCAGGAAGAAAAGUGUGAGGCAGGUGUUUAGGGAAGCUACCCAAGUUGCCUACAUGAUUUCCAAGGUCCUUUCAACUCUAAGAUGUGUGUAUCCGGUUGUCUACAGAUCAUACUGUCUCCAUACGAUUGUCUAGUUCAUUUUAUGGCUAGUCUGAACAAUCUGAUUUUCUUUUUUUUACAAUGGCAGGGACUCAAUCCAUGUUAAGCUUCAAAGUUGGGUCACCCAAGUUCUCCACAGAGAAUAACCAACCAGCCCUAACGAAGCUUCUUUUAGCAUUGCCAGGAUUCUGUAAAGUCCCUUCCAGCUUAACUUUUCUGACCUUGCCGCAGCAGCACAUCAAAAAGAACAGCCCCUGGCACCCUAAGAAGAGCACAAAGCCCUCUGCCAACCUGAGAUGGCGCCCAGGUAGACUUCCCUGAAAAAAAAAAAAAAAUGGCAAGGCUGCUUCAGCAAGUCUUUCAGCCCCAACGACUCUACCCUCCGUCUCCUUUUCUUCACUGCUUUCCCCAUCUCUCUUUCCCGCUUCCACUUUGACCCACCCCAAUUUUCGUCCACUUCUCCCUCACCCCUUCCUUGUAAUCUCUCUCCUUGAGGCGUCCUGUGGAUGUUGACUGUAAUCUUCCCUGGAGGAAAGCUAAGAAAUGCACCUCCAGAGGGUUUGCCUGUUGGAGCCGCGCAGAGAAGGCGUGCAAACCGGUUAACCGCUGUUCCUCUCCCUCCUCAACCCAGGUUUUCUGCAGAAGAGGGGAGUAGGGUCUGCCCCCUUGUUGUAUCUAUUUUCCCCUUCUCCGCCAGGGCUGUGGCCCGCAAGAGGCUCAGGAGGUGAGUCCCUUGCACACACCGCCAACCCCGCAGGCCCGGUUUAUAACACGGACAGCCCUGCCCUCUAGUGUUUGCAACCGGGAGCCCUAAGGCGCCAUCAGCUCCAUAAUAUCUCUUUUACAACCUAAGCAAGACCUGGAGCACCUCGGAGCUGCAACCUCCAGUUCACAACACCACCUGCCUCACACCCGGGCUCAUCUUUUCAUCCCACCCCCACCCCACCCCCCUCUCUGUUCACGGUGUCCUGGGAGGCUGCGACCUGCGUAGAUGAUUUAGCAGACUGCCCCUGCCCCUGCUUCUGCUCCUCCUCCUCCUCCUCUUUCUUCCCCGCUCUCUCUCUCUCUCGCCUCCUCUUCCAGUCCAGGCGCCCAGACUCGGCGAAGCGCAGCGCCUGCCACCCGCGGUGCCUCGGGCUGCCUGGCGCGCCGCGCUCCCAGGUUCUGUCUCGCCGCACCCCGGCGGGCACUGGCGCGGGCAAGGACGCUGGCGGGGAGAACGCCCUGGGUUCAACGUAUUCCUGAAUCGAAUGUUGAGAAAAGCAGUGCUUUGAUCCAGCUCAGGAGAAAAAGGAGCGGGUUCCGAGUGAGACUUCUGGAGCCAGCGGGACGCCCCAGUUUGCCCAGUGCGGCACGGCGGCACGCACCAUCCACAAGGAACCUUCACUCAGAAGAAAUGCUGUGGCCCUUCCCUUUACCAACAGAAAAUGGAACACAAGAGACCACAUAGCUGAACAAAUUACAGCCUCCUUACAAGUGAGAAACCUUCGAGGCUACGUAGUUUUCAGCCAAAGAAAAAUAACCAACAGCUUCUCCACAGUGUAAACUGAAACAGGGAAAACAUGAACAUCACAAACUGUACCACAGAAGCCGGCAUGGCUGUGAGGCCCAAGACCAUCACUGAAAAGAUGCUCAUUUGCAUGACUCUGGUGGUCAUCACCACCCUCACCACGUUGCUGAACUUGGCGGUGAUCAUGGCUAUCUGCACCACCAAGAAGCUCCACCAGCCUGCCAACUACCUAAUCUGUUCUCUGGCCGUGACGGACCUCCUGGUGGCCGUGCUCGUCAUGCCCCUGAGCAUCAUAUACAUUGUCAUGGACCGCUGGAAGCUUGGAUACUUCCUCUGUGAGGUGUGGCUGAGUGUGGACAUGACCUGCUGCACCUGCUCCAUCCUCCACCUCUGUGUCAUUGCCCUGGACAGGUACUGGGCCAUCACCAAUGCUAUUGAAUACGCCAGGAAGAGGACGGCCAAGAGGGCGGCGCUGAUGAUCCUCACCGUCUGGACCAUCUCCAUUUUCAUCUCCAUGCCCCCUCUGUUCUGGAGGAGCCACCGCCAGCUAAGCCCUCCCCCUAGCCAGUGCACCAUCCAGCACGACCAUGUUAUCUACACCAUUUACUCCACGCUGGGUGCAUUUUAUAUCCCCUUGACUUUAAUACUGAUUCUCUAUUACCGGAUUUACCACGCGGCCAAGAGCCUUUACCAGAAAAGGGGAUCAAGUCGGCACUUAAGCAACAGAAGCACAGAUAGCCAGAAUUCUUUCGCAAAUUGUAAACUUACACAGACUUUCUGUGUGUCUGACUUCUCCACUUCAGACCCUACCACAGAGUUUGAAAAGUUCCAUGCCUCCAUCAGGAUCCCACCCUUCGACAAUGAUCUAGAUCACCCGGGAGAACGCCAGCAGAUUUCUAGCACCAGGGAACGGAAGGCAGCGCGCAUCCUGGGGUUGAUUCUGGGCGCAUUCAUUUUGUCCUGGCUGCCAUUUUUCAUCAAAGAGUUGAUUGUGGGUCUGAGCAUCUACACCGUGUCCUCGGAAGUGGCCGACUUUCUGACGUGGCUCGGUUAUGUUAAUUCUCUGAUCAACCCUCUGCUCUAUACGAGUUUUAAUGAAGAUUUUAAGCUGGCUUUUAAAAAGCUCAUUAGAUGCCGAGAGCAUGCUUAGACUGUCAAAAGCUAAAAGGCACGACUUUUACCAGAGCCUCAUGAGUGGAUGGGGGUAAGGGGUGCAACUUAUUAAUUCUUGGACAUACUUGGUUCAGGAGAGUUUGUAAGUAUGUGUGGUCUUGUUUUCUUGUUUGUUUGUUUGUUUUGUUCUGUUUUGUUUGAGGACUGUUAUUUGGCGUGCUGUUUUCUACCUCUGGUCUUAUCUGUGAUACAUAAUUUCAAAUAAACAUUAUCAUACAAAAACAUAAAUUUUGUAGAAGUAAUAAUAAGGUGAAAUAGUAAAUACUUUUUAUGGGCUUGGUUUUUCUUAGCCAUUUCAGUUACCCUGCAAUUAAAGAAUGCCAAAAAUAUCUUUAUUUGCAGAAUUUCUUAUUACUUAUAAAUUAAAUACCUGAUAAUGCCCUCUAUGGCAUUAAAUCUGAGAUUAUGGCUCUAUCUGCAUACAUAUUCCAGUGGGAAUUGCAUGACUACGUAAAGAAUUCAAAGAAAGUGAUGUGCUGUCAUCUACUGCUUGCAGACCUGAGCUAAAGUCGUUUACUGUAGCACUGUGACUACAUAGCCUAUUCCUUUCAGGUAAAAAUAGUACAGCUGGCUUGUCCUUUUUAGUUCAUGAUUAAAUAAACUUCCUCGUUUUCUAAAAUGGAAAUACCUGGAAUAAAUGCACUGGCAGUUUUCUGUCUUUUACUAUGAAUAUAAAACAUAAAGCAAAUAAGAAAUCAUCUAAAUCUACUUUGGUCAGUGUGUUGCGAUAUUACCUGAUAGACACAUUGGGUCUCCUCCAAUUCUAAAAUCUAUGCCAGUUAAGCCUCCCAUAUACACUUUCACUGUAGCAGGGCUAAGGUGGGAGUACAUGUCAAAUUUGGAAAACUUUUUAAGAAGCUUAAUGAGGUGCAGUGAUCAAAUGACAGAAUAUAUUAUCUGAAGAACUUCGUUGGAGAAUAUUACUCAUUAAAUUAACAAUUGCGGCUGGGCAUGGUGGCUCAUUCCUGUAAUCCCAGCACUUCA